AUGGAGAAGAUUUUGGAAGUGUUUAAGCAAGUCAAGGUCAACAUACCCCUUUUAGAUGCUAUUCAACAAAUUCCGUCAUAUGCUAAGUGUCUUAAGGAGUUAUGUACUCAUAAGAGAACCAACCAUGUCCCUAAGAAAGCUUUCCUUACGUCUCACAUAAGUUCGAUUCUCUCAAACCAAAUUUUCGUGAAGUACAAGGACCCCAGUUGUCCUACAAUUUCAUGUGUCAAAGGAGAAACUUUUGUGGAUAAGGCGUUACUUGAUUUAGGGGCUAGUGUUAAUCUCCUUCCAUAUUCUGUCUACCAAGCUUUAGGUUUAGGGGAACUCCGGCAAACAAAUGUCACACUUCAAUUAGCCGAUCGAUCCGUGAAAAUUCCUAAGGGAAUGAUCGAAGAUGUGCUAAUUAAAGUAGGUGAUUUUGUGUUUCCCUUAGAUUUUGUCGUCCUAGAGACCGAGCCGGUUAGGAACCCGAAGAAUCAAAUUCCCAUAAUCCUAGGACGACCAUUUUUAGCUACAUCCAACGCGUUGAUUAAUUGUAGGAAUGGCUUAAUGAAGCUAACAUUUGGUAACAUGACAAUCGACCUCAACAUUUUUCAUGUGGGGAAACAAUCCGAUGAUUUCUAUGAUCAACCUUUGGACGUUAAUCUAAUUGAUGAAAUAGUUGAUCAAGAUCUCAUGAAUCCUAAAGAAGCCCUUGAAUUUUGCUUAAAACAUUUUGGAGAGGAUUGGGAUGUUUCCGACUACACACAUGAGGUCAACCAAAUGUUAGAAUCCACCAUUCCCACAACGAGUCAAGAGCGUGAUGUUGAACCCGAGAAUUUGCUAUCACCAAAGACAACCGUUGAGUCACAACCGCCGGAAUUAGAACUCAAACCUCUUCCCGACACUCUUAAGUAUGCUUUUCUAGGCCCUAACGAGUCCUAUCCCAUUAUCAUUGCCUCUAAUUUGACUAUGUCACAAGAGGCAACCGGUGACAUUCCCUCGAAUUGGUCCAAAAAUGAUAAAGCCAAGUUCUUUUCUCAAGUGAAACAUUUCUUUUGGGACGACCCGUAUCUCUUUAAGCAUUGUCCCGAUCAAAUUAUUAGGAGGUGUGUCCCAAAUAAUGCCUUAUGGGCCUAUCGGACCGCCUUUAAGACCGUCUUAGGAAUGUCUCCUUAUAGACUCGUGUAUGGUAAAGCUUGCCAUUUGUCGGUUGAGCUAGAGCAUAGGGCCAUGUGGGCCAUUAGAGAAUUGAACUUCCACUUACCCACCGCCGGUAGUCAUCGGAAGUUGCAAUUGACCGAGUUGGACGAACUUAGAAAUGAUGCCUACGAAAACGCUAAAAUUUACAAAGAGAGAACUAAGGCCUUCCAUGAUAAGACCAUCUUUAGAAAAUCCUUUUCUCCCGGCCAAAAAGUUCUUCUCUACAACUCUAGGCUUCAUUCGUUUCCCGGUAAGUUGCGUUUUAGAUGGGACGGUCCUUACAUUGUUCAAGUUGUGUUUCCUCACGGUGCUGCUGAAAUUCAGGAUCCUAAAAACGAAUCCAAGCCCUUUUGGGAAGGCGAGGAUGUGGCUGCAGUUGUCUCCGAGGCUUCCACCCGUUGCUUCUUUAGGGAAGACAGAGCUGCGGGUUCAGACACAAAACUACUCCCACUCCUUUUCCGGGGGAGUGUUGUGGUGAUGGUUGAGGUGAAGGUUGAGGGGAUUGAUGUGGUGGUUGUUGAAUUUGAAGAGGUUGAGGUUGAUUCUGUGGUGGUUUUUGAAAUUGCAGUUGCAGUUGUUGUUCUUCUAGUUGUUGUUGUUGCUGUUGAUGCGGUUGAGCCACUUGAAAUUGAAAAAAAUUCAACUGAGAUUUGA